AUGGCCACCAUGAUGGAGUAAACGCAACAACUUUAAAAAUUCAUAUUAUCGAGGAAAACUAUGCUUCUUUAACGCAAAAGAGGAAUGUUUCGACCUGAAAUAUCAUACCAAACGCCGAAUCCACAUGAGAGAUUUGGGAAAAGUUUCUUUUUGGAUUACACACUGAAUUAAGUUGGCUGGAAGCUGGAAAGGGAAAGAGAAUUGCAUCAAUUCCAAUGUCAUCAGAGGUUAAGAGUCUGGAGCCCUCUGACCAAAUACCAUCUACUUCCCUGAGCAGUGCUGGUGCCACACCCUCAGGGAGCCCGGCCCCCUCAGAUAAACGCCUGCGUGGACGACCGCGCAAGGAUGCUGCUUCUGUUGCAUCCACACUUAAGUCCAAAAGAAAGUGUUGCAGUGAAGGUCAAGGUCAAGGUCAAGGUCGAGCUGAUGAUGAGGAUAACAUGGACACCACUGAUGUCACAUCAACUCCAGACAUGGACGUGCUGGAGCCAGAAACAGAUGAUGAUUUCCUCGAGUCACUGGAUCUCAGCCCUAGAGACGAGAGGGCUUUGUCCGCGCUAUUCCAGCGAUCUGUGUCAGAAGACUCUGCUGGCUCAUCUGCCUCUACCACAAUAAACGCCAAAAUUAGGGAAAAACUUUGUGCCUUCUGCUACUGUGGAGAGAAGUGUCUCUUGGGUCAGGGUGAGCUGAAACUGUUUGGACCCACCCCUGGUUAUGUGCCGCUUCACAUCCGUAAUCGGCGCGGCAGCUCUGAGAAGGACGAUGAUUAUCAUGAUGAGGACGAUGAUUUUGAUGACAAUGACAACAACCAGAGCCUAGGACAUCACAAGAGCGGCCUGAAAAAGAUCAGCUCUCCAGACAGCGGCCUACACUCAACCUCGGCUCCUGGUAGUACAGACCCCACUGCUGAGGAGCCCAACCGAAAGUUUUGGGAUGAACUGGGUCAAAUCGGCCUUCCUGAUGGCAUUAAUGUUGAAUCUUUAUUUGACCCCACUGGCCAGUGCUGCGCUCAUCUGCGCUGUGCAGCUUGGUCAGAAGGUGUGUGCCGUGGGGAGGGACAUUCGCUGCUGUAUGUGGAUAAAGCAAUCGACUCAGGGAGCACAGAGUGUUGUGCAUACUGUAGACGCCUUGGAGCCUCUAUGAAGUGUUGUGAGGAAAGCUGUAGGUGCUCGUAUCAUUACCCAUGCGCGGCUGCUGCCGGAACCUUCCAGGACAUGCAAAGAUACACUGUCCUGUGCCCAGACCACAUCCAACAAGCCCUUGUACGAUCGAAUGAAGCGGUGCGCUGUCUGGUUUGCAACAGCCCUGGAGACCUGCUGGACCAGCUCUUCUGCUGCACAUGUGGUCAGCAUUAUCAUGGGGUGUGUCUGGACAUCGCAGUAACGCCGCUCAAGAGAGCAGGCUGGCAGUGCCCCGAAUGUAAAGUUUGCCUUGCGUGCAAGAACCCAGGGGAUGACAGCAAAAUGUUGGUGUGUGAUAUGUGUGAUAAAGGCUUUCAUACCUUCUGUAUUCAGCCUGUUAUGGACGCAAUACCCACCAACGGCUGGAGGUGCCAGAAUUGCCGAACAUGUGUUCAGUGUGGCGUGAGGCUCAAUGGUCAGUGGUCGUCUAAUGGUCUAAUAUGUGAGGGAUGUCAGCAACAGCAGGAUUCAGUGAUGCUCUGCCUUAUCUGUGGGAAGAGUCAUAAUACUGAUGACCCUACAGACAAACACAAUUGCUGUACUUGCAAGAGAUGGGUUCAUGCAGACUGUGAGAAACAGGUGGGCUCUGACCCCAACACCCAGGUACAGGAUGCAUUCAUCUGCAGUGUGUGUAAGCAGGUGGAGGAAGAGACUGGCCAUGAACAGCCUGUUAGUGCCCAGGAGACGUCGCUCGCUGACCCAGAAACAGAGGAUGUCUUCACUGGGGUUGAGGAAAUGAAUGAGGCAGAGAAGGAAGUGAUAUUGGUGCCAGAGGCCAGUGGUAAUCCAUUUCUUUCAGUACCAGAAGACUUUCUCUCAACUGCUGAACCUGCCCAGGAGAUCCAAGUAACAGUCACUCUGACAGAGGGACCCAAGCCACCACCAUGCUCCUCCACUUUGGUGGGUGUACACUCGACCCCUACCACUACUGAAGACCACAACCAAGAACAAAAUCUCAUUGAUGCUUUGGAAAGGGGGAAAGGAACAGAGAACACACUGCCUGAAGCUGCCUUUAAAGCUUUUCCUGCUUUGCCGACCAAAGAAACAUCCCCUGUGCAUUCGCCAGCCCUAAAGGAGGAGCCCAAGGAUGUCUGUCCCUCAGAUCUCUCUGGCAUGAAGGAUAAGAAGAUGGUGAAUAUCCCAGAAGCCAAUAGAAAUGUUAAAGAUAUUGAGCAGGUAACGAAGCAAGACCAACAAGGAGACGAAGAGGAGGAGGUAGAAGAACCUGAGUCCUUUAGUGUCCCACUGGUUGCAGAGCUCAGUCCUACGGUGGAAAUGGAUACUACACCUGUCAGCGACCACAGCUUCUCAAGUUUCAGCUCUCCCACUGAGAAUAAGAGUCUGAUUUUAAAACAUUCCCCUGCACUGUCCUUCGAAGGCUCAACCAAAUUGACGCGGUCCCCGUUCUCAACAGAGGCCUCACACAGGGAGACAUCUCAAAACCAGACUCCUACCUAUUGCCAGAACCCAGUUGGAUACAACCCCAGCGUGUCUAACACUACUUUCAUCCCCCUUAUGCCCAAAAUAGGUAUGGGAAAGCCAGCCAUCUCAAAGAGGAAGUUUUCUCCAGGAAGGCCAAGGGUAAAGCAGGGUGCAUGGAGUAACCGUAGUGCAGUGAGUUCACCUUCCUGGUCACCAGAGGGCAUGGAGGCCUGGGACAACGCUAAUACCGUGACGCUGCAUGGGCUGCCCAUCUGGACCGUAAGAUUGGGUCGUGGAUCUGGCUUCCCUGGAAGGAGGCGACCCAGAGGAGCUAACCUGUCUGGGAGAGGUGGUAGGGGACGAUCCAGGUUAAAGACGGAAAGCAGCCCUGUUCUGACCCAUGGGGUGAGCUUAAUGGAUUCUCCAUAUGUAGUCAAAGAAGAGGAGGAGAACUCCAUGCACAACACUGUCGUGAUGUUCUCCACCUCUGACUCCUUCACACUUCAACAAGACAUGUGUGUGGUGUGUGGGAGUUUUGGGCAGGGUACUGAAGGCAGACUGCUGGCCUGCUCCCAGUGUGGCCAAUGUUACCAUCCCUUCUGCGUCAAUAUCAAGAUCACUAAGGUGGUGUUAAGCAAAGGUUGGCGCUGUCUGGAGUGUACGGUGUGUGAGGCUUGUGGGCAGGCGAGUGAUCCUGGCCGUUUGCUUCUGUGUGACGACUGUGAUAUUAGUUACCACACAUACUGUUUGGACCCACCACUGCAGAACGUACCCAAAGGCAGCUGGAAGUGCAAGUGGUGUGUAUUGUGUACUCAGUGUGGUGCUACGUCACCCGGCCUGCGCUGUGAGUGGCAGAAUAACUACACGCAAUGUGGCCCCUGCGCGAGUCUCUCUGUGUGUCCUGUUUGUGCACACUGUUACAGAGAAGAAGAACUCAUCAUACAGUGCCGGCUGUGUGACAGGUGGGUUCAUGCCUCAUGUCAGGGUCUGAACUCUGAUGAAGAUGUUGAGAAUGCAGCAGACGAUGGCUUUGACUGCUCCCUGUGUAGAACACAAACUCCUGGUUGCACAAUGCUCCUGGACAUCACUGAGCCUCCGAUGCAGAUGCUAACAAAAGUCAAAGAAAUUGACUUCAAGCAGACAUACACUCAGGAUGGAGUUUGUUUAACAGAAUCUGGCUUGUGUCAGCUCCAGAGUCUGUGUAUUCAGACCUCCCGCCGCAGACGACACAAACCCAAACUGAAGUUAAAGAUCAUCAAUCAGAACAGUGUAGCUGUGCUGCAGAUGCCUCCCGACCCCCAAUCUGAGCCUUUUAGGGAUGGUGAUGUUGAUGAAAGUAGAGAGGGUGACCCAAUGGACUGUGAUGGGAAAUCUGAUUCCAGCCCAGAUCGUGAGACCUGUGACGACCAUCUGAAAUUGGCCGACAACAACAAGAAGAGGAAAAGGAAGCCAUACAGACCGGGUAUUGGUGGGUUUAUGGUGCGUCAGAGAAGCAAAGCAGGGCAAGGAAAAUGCAAACGGUCCCUCAGUAGGAAAGAGUCUGCAAGCCCCCUGACAGAGAACCUUAUGCUGAAGGAGGAAGGUUGGAAUGAACCGGACUCUCCCAUGGACAAGACUCCACUCGUAAACGAAUCUCUGGAAAAAGUAAAAAAGAGAUACAGAAAGAAGAAAACAAAACUUGAGGAAGCCUUCCCAUCAUACCUACAGGAGGCAUUCUUUGGUAAGGAACUAUUGGAUAAAAGCAAGCAGACCAAGCUGGCCACGGAAACAGGGAUUGUGGAUGAAGACUCCAAACACACGGAUCCCAAAUCACAUAACAGCAGCUUUCUGGACUCGUUAUCUGACCCGCUUCUGAGUACUACUCACACUCCAGUCUCAUCUAAAGCAGGGCCACAGCCAAAUGUGGAUGACCCCUUAGCAGAGCUGGUCCUCCAUUCAGAUGAUGAUCUCCUGGGAAUGCUGUCUGAUGACCUGAUCAAACCAGGCCCUGAAUCAGUUUGGGUUCCUGUAGGUCUUGAUUUAUGCCCUUUCCAGGUGGACAGUCCCUCUCCGUUCGCUGGUCUGGACAUUAGUACAAUUUCGGAUAAUCAGUCAGCUCCUCCUCAUCCUGCUAAAGGGUCUCGGACAUUACAGGAGGAACCACUAGAUGUAAUUCUGAGUCCUGAGCUGGACAAAAUGGUUUCUGAUGGGGCCAUUCUUGAUAAGCUCUACAAAAUUCCAGAGCUGGAAGGUAAGGAUGUGGAGGAUUUAUUCACAGCAGUGCUCAGUCCAAGUUCUAGUCAACCAACUCCGCUUCCUCACCCACCCAACACUGCUCCCUGUGCACCAGUCAGUUCAGUGUCGAUCCGAAAUUUAGUCGAUGAUGAAAUGUUCCCACGCAUGCCUAUGAUAAAUGGUAUGAUGGGACCAAAUACCCAAUUUUCUCCAAACCAAAUGAUUUCUGGAGCUGGAGUGUCUGGUACAUUCUCUUCUAUUCACUGUAUGCCUUUCCAUGAAAAUGUACGAUUUCACAACAGAGAGAAGAAAUUCAGUCAGAUAGGUGAUGUUAUGGGUCCCUGGACUUCUCCUGUGCCUGGAUCAGUCCCUCAGCCAGAGGCAGAGAAUGACACAAUGUCCAAUGCUCAGAGAAGCAUGUUGAAAUGGGAAAAAGAGGAAACACUGGAAGAAAUGGCUACUGUGGCCCCUGUCCUUUACACCAAUAUGAAUUUCCCUAACCUUCAAGAUGAGUUUCCAGAUUGGACAACUAGAGUGAAGCAAAUAGCUAAGUUAUGGAGGAAAGCUAGCUCUCAGGAAAGGGCACCAUAUGUGCAAAAGGCAAGAGACAACCGAGCAGCCCUUCGUAUAAACAAAGUUCAGUUGUCUAACGAUACAAUGAAAAGACAGCAACAUCAGCAGCCAGCUGAUCCCUUUGAUCCCAGCAUUCCCAUGGACACUGAGCUGAUCUUCAAGGACCCACUCAAGCACAAGGAGUCUGAGCAUGAGCAAGAGUGGAAAUUAAGACAGCAAAUGAGACAAAAGAGCAAACAACAAGCCAAGAUUGAAGCCACUCAAAAGUUAGAACAGGUUAAAAAUGAGCAACAACAACUUCAAAAGCAGCAGCAACAACAGCAUUUCAGUGGGAACUUGGUUGGAGACACUCCUAAUUGUGGAAGUCAGAGUCCAAUUAAACCUCAGACCAGCAGUGGGGGUAAUGAUUCUGCUUUGCAAGUGUUAACCCCCAAGGAUUGCUAUGCAAAAAGCCAAAUACCAGGAACAUCAACAUCAUCUGCAUCAUCAGUUGAUGUGUUUUUGCGUCCCCAAUGUCCACCUCUUUCAUCUACAGCAAAGACUCCUACCUCUGAUGCCCAGAAUCCUCAAGGCCCCUUAUCUCAGCCUCAGUCUCCUCAAGUGUUUUCACCCGAAUCAUCUAGUUCCCGUCCCUCAUCACCUUGGGAUCCAUAUGUCAAAAUGGUGGGAACCCCCCGGCCACCACCAUCUGGGCCUAGCACACCUUGCAGAGGUUCCAUGUCUGACAUGCCAGAGUGGAGUCGGCCCUCACCAGCCCAUGAAUCAUUUGGAUCUCCAACAUCCACCAGCACUGACCCAUAUGCAAAGCCUCCAGACACACUUCAAUCAUCAGACCCAUUUGUGAAAUAUCCAACCAGGUCCAACCAGGGUCCAAACAGACCAGGACUAGUUUCAGAGAAGCAUCAACAACAAGGACGGAACUUGAUCAAUAAUGUCACAUCAGGAGACAAUUUCCCCAGACCAGUCCAAAGAUCUGAAUCAUACCAACACAUGACCAAUAAGCGAAUGGUCCUCCCUGACCCCUACUCUAGGCCUUUGUUAACACCUGUUCCAGGGAGUAAUGAGUCUGGAUCUGUGCCAGUGUUCAAAACACCUAUGCAUCCUCUCCAGUCACAGCAAAACUCAUCCAGCUCAUCACAACAAGGUUUUAGAAGAGGACCAUCUGAUGUACAUCAGCCUCUCACACCUCUUUCAUCAAUGGGGGAUGGUUUCACUAAUGAGAACAAAGUAGUGCAUCCAACACAAGGAAGUACUUUUGCCCAACCCUUACCCAUGAGGGAUCCAUUUUCACAGGCACCAUCUACACCUAGACCAGAUUACCCUCAGCAGAUGCCUGAUCCAUAUGCUCAACCUCCCGGCACUCCACGACCCUAUGAUCCAUAUGCUCAGAUGCCUGGUACCCCAAGGCCACACUCUGAUCCAUACCCAGUGCCAACAUCCACAACUAGAACUGCAGCAAUUAAUCAGAUUUCUCAAUCACAGUCUUGCAGUCGCAGACAAUCUCCAUUUACUGCAGUUGAUCCAUAUGCAGAAAUGCCGGGUACCCCAAGGCCUUCCCUUGGAGAGAGAUACCCUAAAUCCCCAAGUAGUCAGACAAUCCCAGAUCACUACUUGCAGCCUCCUAGUCUUCAUACUGAUCAGUAUUCCCAACCUAGAGCUCCUUGCCCAGGGGCUGGAUCACAGGCCUUCCCCAGACUAAACCUCCGAACUAACAUCAUGCAUAAUCAAACAGACCCAUUUUGCCAUCAAACACAGAGCAGAAUUCAGGACCAAUUUGCUCAUCAAUCUGCGACUUGUUCUCAAACCCAAAAACAUUCUGAAAUUUCAAACAAAGUUUUUUCUCUGCCACAGACAAACCCUAGGCAGACACCUGUUCAUGAUCCAUUUGAACAAGCUACAUUAAGCCCAUGCUCACAAUCAGGGGAAAGAUCGUCACAUGAAUUUUCAUCAAAUACAGACAACACUUCAGAAAUAAAGAACAUAAUGCAACCACUGCUUGGAGACUCUGAAGACAAAAUUAAACAGCGCCAAAGACUACGACAAUUGAUUCUUAAACAGCAGAAGGAGAAAAGUGCCAUUAGACAGGAAAAGGGGCUCGGGGAAACAACUGCUACAACUGCACAUGGGAAUUUACCGCACUGGUUACAAGAUGAUUCUGGAACUCAAAAUGAUAUUUAUGGUAGACCUCCACCCCCAUAUCCAGGUAUUAUGAGUUCUUCACCAGUGCAGACAGGACAAAGAUUUCCUGGAACUUUCCUUAGUGAUCAACGAGGGCCCUUACCUGAUGAACCCCGGUGCUCCCGAGCACCAAUCCCCAGGUAUCUCAACAACAUUGGAAUGAGACCUCAAGGGCAAAGGUUUGGAUUCCCUCAUAGACCUCCAAGCCAAGACCAGUUCUUUAGGCCCUCUAACAAGAUGCAAAGUAGCCCAAUGGCUGACAGUGUUCCACUACAUAUAAGAAGACCUCUGUCAGUUGAUAUUGUAAGGUCAAUGGGCAGUAAUCAUGAGAUAUGUAUUUCUCAGAAUGUUCCACCACAUAGUCCUCAAAUGCAGCAACACAAUAUAAUGGGCCAACCAUUCAUUGAGCUUCGUCACAGAGCUCCAGAAAACAGAGUCAGACUGCCUUUUGGGCCACCUAAUGUUUUGGAUCAUACUAAUUAUUCUCAGAGACCCCCUCAUGGCUUCAUGGGAGGCCAAAAUAUGACUUUUACUGGAAAUCAAGGUCUCAGAAUGAUGGAUCCAAUGUUGGGUUACUCUCAACAUGGACCUAACAGUCACUUGCAGACAUCAACUAAUAUAGAAACGCAGCAUCACCAGCCAAGUGCGUUAGUGAAUACAGCACAACUACAGAUUCCAAUAGCAUCACCUUUUAACAGUUCUGUCAGUAGUGAUUCAGUUGCUACAUCUCAGCCUGACCUUCUUCCUGUAAGAGCCUCUGUUCCAACAGAAGAAAUAACAUUGCCUUGUAAUGAGGGUAUUGUAGAAAAACUAGACACACAUGAUUCUGCUGUGAAAGACCUUGAUGAUGUUGAGGUCAAAGACUUGGUUGAUGAAGACCUGGACAACCUGAACCUUGAUGCAGAUGAUGGCAAAGAUUUAGACCUGGAAACAAAUGACAUUCACCUUGAUGAUCUUUUGGAAUCUGGUAAGUUUGAUCUUAUUGCUUACACAGAUCCUGAGCUGAACCUUGAAGACAAAAAAGAUAUGUUUAAUGAAGAUCUAGAUCUGAGUGACCCCAUAGAAGAUGAUCACGGGGAAACUUCAGAUCUUCAGAAGGAUUUGUCUGAGAAAAUAAGUGUCACAUGUGAAGGUAUUUCAUCAGCUCAACCUAAAUCAGUGGAGGUACACAAUUCUAGGAAUGUAAAACUAGAGAAUAAUCUAUCAAAUGAGGUUCUUGAUAACCCUGACAGAAAUAAUAAAACUAAGGGCCAUCAAGGUCUAAUUUCCAGCGAGGAUCAUUCUCUUAUUGGAAGUUCUAUGAAUGAAAAUCAAUCUAUGAGUAAUAAAGAUGGCCAAGAUGAUGUCGCAAAGGUUUUUAAAGAGCCUCUACCCAAUGACUCCACUGUCCAAACUAAUCUUGGCCCAAGUGUACCGUCCAGCAUGGGUAUGGUGAUGAUACAAGGACAACCUCAAGAUCAUGGUAUAAGUCCUGGAGUGACAAUGGUCGACAAGGGUGACCCAACUGUAACUCAAGGAGCACCGUUAGGUAACCCAAAUAUGAUGCAGUCUAGAAACCAGCAGGUGCCUCUGCAGGGGUUUGAACCUUCACAAGGCCUAAAAGCGGAUGUGAAUCUCUCCGUGAUUAGUGGUCAGCAGCCUGUUCCUCAUUCCUUAAACCAUACUCAACAGGGCAUAUUUACUUCUGGGGCUGCCGGGCAACAAGGUAGUCAAAGGCACCAGAAUGAACACAGCAGGCCUCUUCUGUUAGAAGAGCAGCCACUCCUUCUGCAAGAUCUGCUGGAUCAAGAAAGACAGGAGCAACAACAACAAAGGCAAAUGCAGGACAUGAUUCGGCAACGGUCAAGUGACCCUUUUUUCCCUAACAUGCAUGAUUUUGACUCCAUUAUUGACCCAAUCAUGAAGGCAAAGAUGGUGGCUCUAAAGGGGAUCAACAAAGUCAUGGUACAGAACAGUAUGGGCAUGACACCCAUAGUUAUGAAUAGCAGAAUGCAACAGGUGCCUGGAACACAUGAACAAGAUCCAUCUGGUUUUUCUCAACAUUUCUUUAGACCGGAUGGGAAGUUGCCACCACAAAUUGUGAGGCCCAAUCCCCCUAACUUUGGACCAGGGUUUGUUAACGAUUCACAGAGGAAACAGUAUGAGGAGUGGCUUCAAGAAACACAGCAGCUUCUUCAAAUGCAGCAAAAGUUUCUAGAGGACCAGAUUGGGUCACACAGGAAAUCUAAAAAGGCCCUCUCUGCAAAACAACGCACAGCAAAAAAAGCUGGGCGGGAGUUCCCAGAGGAGGAUGCCGAACAGCUAAAACAUGUGACUGAACAGCAAAGCAUGGUUCAAAAGCAGCUGGAACAGAUACGAAAGCAACAAAAGGAGCAUGCAGAACUAAUUGAGGAAUAUUGUGUUAAACAGCAGCAACAUCUUCAACCUGGUGUGAUGGCUCCAAUCCAGGCCAUUCCAGGAAUCCAAGGACAGGCCCCUGGAAUCAUGCCUGGCAGACCUCCUGUGGGCCAGCCUAUAAUAGGUUCUAUGAUUCCAAUGCAACCCAAUCUUGGUCAACCCAAACCUUCUCACAUGCCAGGAUGGCAACAAGGUGCUGGUGGCCCAAUCGGCGGACCUAGAAUGCUGCCUCAAAUGCCAUUGUCUACCGCUACCCAGCCUUUUCAGGGGCAGCCUCCUCCCCCAAUUGUUCCAGGAGUUCAAACUGGACAGCCUAGUACUGUAUCUGGAGGCAAUGGAGCCAGUAGCAGUGCCCCUCAUGUGAAGUUUGAUGAUAAUAAUCCAUUUAGUGAAGGUUUCCAGGAGCGGGAACGCAGGGAGCGCCUUAGAGAACAGCAAGAAAAACAACGGGUUCAACUUAUGCAGGAAGUUGAAAGGCAAAGGGCCUUGCAGAGGCUAGAGCUGGAGCAGCAGGGCUUGGGAAUUGGACCUGACAACAGCAUGGGUGGCCUUUCCCAGAUGCCCUUCUUUAAUUCAGACAUGUCACAAGAAUUUACUCAGACACCAAGACCUCAACAGCAGCAACAACAACAGAUGGGCCCAAUUUUUUCCCAGCAAGCAAACAUGACUUUAGACUUUGUGGGUUCCGGUCCUGCCUUUCUUCACAGUGGAGAGUGCCAAUCUGUGUCUGGCCAUGGCUCUUUCGGUCCAGAUAUAGGCCCAAAUGUUCAACCUAAGAACCCUAUGAUGUGUGGUCUCCAACCAGGUCAGCCUCGUCCAACUGGGUUUGGAAAGUCUGACAUGACACACUAUGUUAGAGGUGAGGGUUCAUCAUUUGGCAUUGAUACUACAACCCAAUUACCUCCUACUUUCCCCAGCUCAGGACAGUCUCUGAUCCAGCUCUACUCUAACAUCAUUCCUGAGGAGAAAGGCAAAAAGAAAGGGAAUCGAAAGAAGAAGCAGGAUGCUGAUGCAGAUUUAAAAACUCCUACACCUCACACUUACCUCACUGCCCCACUCACACCAUGUGUAUCUGACACAUCAUCCACACCAACAUGCAGUGCUGCUGUCUUGGGGGACCAGGACAACUCUGAGUCUUCCAACCCCUCAUGCUCUAUUAGCAGUCUUUCAUCGUCUGCAGAGCAGGAAAGCAAUCUUUCUAGAGGUACUCAGCUGCAACAACAGUCAAGUGUGGGCUCUGAAGUUGAGAGAGGGCUUCUCCAUAACAUAAAGUUAGAAAAGGUAGAGACCAGUGAGUCCCAGAAGACUGAGGGAAAGCCUGCACUCAGUCUGAGUACAGCAGAGGCUGGGAUUGUAAAGACUGAAGAGGGUAAUGCGGUAACUUCCCCCAUUACAACAUCCCAGAAUGGGGACUCUGGAAAUGAGUUGCUCAAACACCUUCUGAAGAACAAAUGCACACCUCCUCCUUCCUUUCUCACACAUCAGCAGUCUAAUGACAGCAUACAAUCAGAGGAUGAAAGCCUGACUGACAGCAAAAGUUCUGUAAGAAGGAACAGUACAAAUUCUUUGAAUAUAAACAGCCACUUAAUGGGAGAUGCUGAUCUUGACACAUCUGUAGCCGAGCAGUCUAAGAGAAAGCAGCGCAACAAAAGGACAUCUAAGACUGGAGCUGAGAAACCUACAUCCCGCUGGAAAAAGAGGAGAAAUGAAGAUGACGAGAGACAGGCACUGUACACCAAUACAGACCUGCUGAUGACACAACUCAAACAGCAGCUCACUAUGCUGCCAUUGAUGGAGCCCAUGAUCGGGGUUAACUUUGCACACUUUCCCCCGUAUGGCAGCGGGCAUUUGAAUGGAGAGAAUAGACUCUCUGGAUCUUUUGGGAGUGCUUAUCUGGAUGGACUAUCUGACUACUACUCACAGCUCAUCUAUAAGCAGAACAAUCUUAGCAAUCCUCCAACACCACCUGCUUCACUUCCACCCACACCACCUCCUGUGGCAAAGCAGAAGUUGUUAAAUGGCUUUGCAACUGCAGAAGAACUGGCCAGGAAGAAUGAUGUUAUGGGUGAGCAUGAGGUUUCUAAAAGCUUGGGUCAGAAGCAGCUCACUACCACAUUUAAAGGUGAAGAUGAACUGCUGGGUCACACAAUUACUCAGGGUACUAAGACUGUUGACGUUCCUGCAUCCCUACCAACUCCACCUCACAACAACCAGGAGGAAAUUCGGGGUCAGGAACAUUGUAUCGACAGGGACUCUCCAGACAGCUUUGUCCCAUCAUCCUCUCCUGAAAGUAUAGUUGGCAUGGAGAUCAGCCGUUACCCAGAUCUCUCUAGAGUCAAAGAAGAGCCACCAUCUCCCGCUGUUUCUCCAGUCAUCCCCAUGCUACCCAGUGCCAGUGGUAAAGAAACCUACCCAUAUUCAGAAGCUGAUUACAAAAGAACCACUGGAGGCUCUGAUGCCAGGCUGGUGGAAGUCAAGAAAGAGCCGGCAUGCAAUUUUUUCGGUUCGCAGCUGGGGCAGCCGUCCAUUUGCUCAAAGACUGACCUGGUGUCAGUAGCCAUUACUCUAGACACAGUAGCUGCAUGGAACAUUCAAGCGGUGGUGUCAACGCUGGCAAACAUGCUGUGUGUGUCCAUCCCAGACAGUUAUGACGUGAUUCGUUCUCUAGGAGCAGAGCAGGUUCCUCCUCAAACGGCUCUGUUACACCAGCAACAUACUAUGAAGCUACUCAGGCCACCAGUUGCCCCAGUACAUCUCCAAACAUUGAACUUUGGUUCUGUUAUGGUUAGACCAGACUAUCAAAUGGGUGGAAACAGCCCAGGACCUAGACCACAGUGGUGUUCCAAUUGCAAAGUGGUGGUUCUUGGGAAUGGUGUCUGCAAAUCUACCAAAGACCUGCCCAUAAAUAAACAGGACUGUGGAGGAUCUGAGAGGAGUAUUGUCUUCUGCAGCCAUAACUGCUUUGUUCUUUACUCAGCAUCCAUACAGACUAAGUCAGCAAAUAACAAGCCAAAUAUGUCUUUACUGUCUAACUCUAAGGACAAGCAAAGCCCAGCUAAGGUGCUCCAUCAGUACAGUAACAACAUAUCUGAUCUUGAUGUACAUUGUCUGGCUCAGCUACAGCCUAAGCAGUCUCCACCAACCACUCCACUCAGAGGAGAUAAGUCUGAUACUCUUAAGGUCACAGUCAAACUAAAGCCUCGGCCUCAAGCAGUGCACAAUGGAGGGGAUGAACCUCGCUAUUUGUCAGGAAAGCGCUGGAAGACUCUGCGUUGGAGGAAAUGGAGCAUUCAAAUUGUGGUGCCUAAGGGCAAUUACCACCUAUCUGGGGAGCACGAGGUUGAUGAGCUCCUGAAGAGACUGGGGACCUCUCUUAGACCUGAACCAAUGCCCAAAGACAUACGCCGCUGCUGUUUCUGCCAUGAAGAAGGAGAUGGACUCACUGACGGGCCAGCCCGCCUUCUCAACCUUGAUCUUGACUUGUGGGUGCACCUCAAUUGUGCCCUGUGGUCAACUGAAGUGUAUGAGACCCAGGCCGGAGCUCUUAUUAAUGUAGAGCUGGCCCUGAGGAGAGGCCUGUCAGUUCGUUGUGUGUACUGCCAGCAGACAGGCGCCACGAGCAGUUGCCACCGCUUGCGCUGCACUAACGUAUACCAUUUUAAUUGUGCCGUUAAAGCACAGUGUACCUUUUUCAAAGACAAGACAAUGUUGUGUCACAUGCACCGACCCAGGGGAACCAGCUCGUUUGGAGGUGUGCUGUCAGGGACAGAGCAUGAACUCCGCUGCUUUGCCGUGUUUCGCCGGGUCUACGUGCAAAGGGACGAGGCGCGACAGAUUGCCAGGAUUAUUCAGAGGGGUGAGCGGGAACACACCUUUCGUGUAGGCAGUCUGGUUUUCCAUUCUGUUGGUCAGCUGCUUCCCCAGCAGAUGCAGGCCUUCCACUCAAUGUCUGCUAUCUUUCCUGUGGGCUAUGAGGCCAGCCGUAUCUACUGGAGUAUGCGCCGCGGGAAUCGUCGAUGCCACUAUUUGUGUUCCAUCGAUGAGAAUGACGGUGAACCUGAGUUUAUCAUUCGUGUGGUGGAGAAGGGUUAUGAUGACUUGAUACUUACUGGAUCCUCACCAAAAGGUGUUUGGGAUAAGGUUUUGGAGCCAGUGGCGGAAAGAAGGAAUGAGACCGGAUCUCUAAAACUCUUCCCAGUCUACCUAAAGGGAGAGGACCUGUUUGGACUGACUGUUUCUGCUGUUACCAGGAUUGUGGAAUCUCUUCCUGGAGUGGAGGCAUGUGAGCGGUACACUUUCCGUUAUGGUCGUAAUCCACUAAUGCAGCUACCCUUGGCUGUUAACCCGUCUGGAUGUGCACGCUCUGAACCUAAAGGAUGCACACACGUCAAGAGGCCUCAUACCCUGACCAGCAGCAGCUCUUCAAAGGCUCUGCAAAGCUCUGGAAACCCAGCCGAGAUGGGUGUUGCCCCAUACAGCAAACAGUUUGUCCACUCCAAGUCCUCACAGUACCGUCGCAUGAAGGCUGAGUGGAAGUCCAAUGUCUACCUAGCUCGCUCACGCAUACAGGGUUUAGGAUUAUAUGCAGCCAGAGACAUUGAAAAGUACACCAUGGUGAUCGAAUAUAUUGGGACCAUCAUUCGCAAUGAGGUGGCAAAUAGAAAGGAGAAGAUGUAUGAGGCACAGAAUCGUGGAGUCUACAUGUUUCGCAUUGAUAGUGAGCAUGUCAUUGAUGCUACCAUUUCAGGAGGACCUGCAAGGUACAUCAACCACUCCUGCACACCCAACUGCAUUGCUGAGGUUGUGUCCUUUGAAAGAGGUUACAGAAUCAUCAUCAGUUCAAACCGGAGAAUCCAGCGUGGUGAAGAGUUGUGUUACGACUACAAAUUUGAUCUGGAGGAUGAUCAACACAAAAUCCCGUGUCACUGUGCUGCAGUUAACUGCCGGAAGUGGAUGAACUAAAGAGAAAUGUUGGACAGUUCAACGUUUAUGCAUUCCUUGUUUUAGUUAUACAACCGUUUAUGACAACCGGCACGAUUUAAACUGCAGAACUGUAAUGCUUUUUAUAGACAUGGUUUUCAUAAAUGUAACCUGACUCGAGUAGUCUGUCUUGAAUCCAUGCUAGGAGAGUUGGUUUAGUAAAAACAGGCUGCACACUGGUUACUCUAUGUUGCAAAGACAAUGUAAAUGUAUUUUUUCCACAUGAGAGACAAAAUGAAGUGUCCUGGCAGACAGUGAACAAGAAGUUUUUAGGUGAGCUUGGGCUUAAGUGCUGGACACAGCCAUAUUUAGAUAUUAAGAGGCUGGUCCUCUGGGUAAAGAAAUAUAAAUUUACAAAUAUAUACAAAUAGCAAUGUAGACACCACUGAAUAAGGAAUGUACUGAGAAUACUUCCUUAGGGAUAAAGCUAAGGGAAUAAUUAACUUGCACUAAAACAGAAAGAUACCGUUAAAAUACUUGAUUCCAUGAGUCAGUUUAUUUUUCCUUUGUUUUAAUUUCUGUAAAAUAAGAGACAGCUUUUGUAUUUAUUAUUGAUUGAAGCUGUUUUUAAAAAAUGUGGAAAAGCAGCGCGUCAUGUUGCUGAUUGGACAGAACAUGUUACUUUAAAUGAUCUGUAAAUAUUGAAAAAUUUUAAAUACUCGACCAAAUGUUACCUUAACUUUAUCUUAGCUGUCUGAGUGACCUUUUGUUUUCAGUAAAGCAAAUAAAUGUAUUUAAGAAGGAUGUCAAGAUAUAAUUUUGAGAGUAUAUGUGUUGUGUAAAAUUGUACAGAAUCUGUAAAAAUGGAAGAAUUCAGAGUAUUUUUGUUGUAUUUAGAAUGUAGAAACUAUUGUCUAAAAUGGUCUGACCACUUAAAGAUAAUUAAUUAAUUUCUUUGUUUUUUUUUUGUUGUUGCCAUUUUAUCUGUUGUUUACAAUCAAAAUGAUCACCAGUCAUGCAAGAUGAUUGUGACAUCCUAACUGUUGAAUCAGAAUAGUGUGCACUGUGAAUUUCUAUUAGAAUCAACCUAUAAAUACAUCUCAUAGUUUUACUAUAGUGAGCACAGGCUGCUUCACACCACUCAUAUUGAGAACUUCAGAAGUGACAUUCAGAAAACUUAUUUCUUAGAUUAAUGAAAUAUGCUAUGUUCAUGUUUACAUUAAAAGAGUUGAUGAAAUAAUCCAAAACCUGAUAAUGUCACUUUGCAAACCAGUUUGAAAUGAACUUGGACUGCAACUUAAACAAUCCUGACCUUGUUAUAAUACAUGGCAUGUAUUUUUUUAUUUUAAGAUAGAGUUGUACAUGUUUUCUGAUUGUCUAGCUGUAAUAAAAUUUGUUUUUUCAAAUUUUCUUUCUACAAUAUUCAGACAUUUAACAGUAUUUGUCAUUUUUUGUCCUGUAAAGUAGUACCCAAGUUUAAAGCUUUUAAGUAUACUACGUGUUGGGUUUGGAGUUUGUGGAAUCAUAUUUAGGAACAUUUACAAAAGCAAAAUAAAAUAUUUUACAUCAUA